UGCGACCAGGUGCGACGCCUCGAGCAGCAUCACGCCCAGCUCCUCCGGCGCGAUCGCUUCAAGGUGCUCAUCUUCCAGGAGGAAAAUGAGAUCCCUGCGAGCGUUUUUGCAAAAGAGCCCAUCCCCAGCAUUACAGAAGGAAAAGAGGAGCCUGUGGAUGAAAACAAAACACUGGAAGAAACCUUGCACACGGUGGAGUUGGGUUCCGACGACGAAAUGUUUCACGAGGAAGAUGACGUGGAUGACAGCGCAGAGGAGAAAACAGAAGAAUCGAGAGCCGAGAAAAUUAAAAGAUCCAGCCUCAAGAAGGUGGACAGCCUCAAGAAAGCAUUUUCCCGCCAGAACAUCGAGAAGAAGAUGAACAAGAUCAGCACGAAGAUCGUCUCACCCGAACGGAGGGAAAAGAUCAAGAAAUCGCUUACCGUGCACCAUCAGAAAUCCUCUUCUUCGAAGGGCUCAGCUUUCAAAGUGUCUCCCCUCACGUUCAACGUGAAGAAGAAAGGAGAAGGAGAAAGCCCUGCUGAAGCUGAGGACAAGCCGACAGAAACCGCAAGCAACGAGCAAGCCGAGAACGAGGAUGACGUGUCAUUCACCGACAUGCACUCAGACAUGACCCCCACCACCUCGCUGACCGAGGAAGGCAAGGCGGUCGCCGAUUCUCUAGAGAAGGAAGCCAGAAGGGAAGGGAGCACCGCGAUGAACAACAACAUCGAGUUGUCCAUCGUCGAAGACGACGAAGAGUACGGCGUGCCUCUGGAAGUUCCUAGCCAGAAACUGUACGACGAGAGAAACAAACCGCCUGGCGGGGAGAUGGAGCAAUCCGACGAAGAGACGACCCAAGCUGCUGUCCUGCAGAUAGACCAAACAGCGUAA